AGAACUUAUGGUACAAGUCCUACCCUGUCGAUGAUUUGUCCAUAGCUAUGUUUCAACAGUCAGUAACAGUGAAGACAGAUGUAGUUACAUUAACAUAAUACCCAACAUUGUACCCAAGGUCAUUUAUGGGUACAAUUUUGACUGAAUUGAAUUCUGCAGACAUGUGAUGCCGACCUCUGGAUGUCAGUCCAUGUUUCCUGGGGUCAUGUCAUGACUAGUGGGUAUGGCGGGGGAGCCCUCUCCGUCAGCACCUGGAAGCAAAACUUCGGCUUGCUUGGAGACUCCAGCUAUACAUUAGAACCGUGGUUCCUGACACCAGUGCCCGGACGACCAGCUCGUGGCACCCCUGAUGACCACUACAACAAGGCCCACACCGCCAUGCGCAAUGUUGUGGAGUGGUGCAUCGCUGUAAGCUUGUGCACAGCUGCUCAAGCAUCAUUGCUGCUUGUGCAGCUCUGCACGACAUUGCGUUGGCGGCACAUGAGCCUGUUCUCGAAGGAAACGAUGACGACACCGACGAUGCUGACUGCUGCCAGCAGCAGCUGAGCUACCACCACCACCACCACCACAACGGGAGCCAGCAGCGCAACCGUGUAGUGAACC